CUCCAUUAAUCACCGGGCUGAAUGGGGCCGGGAUCUGCUGAGAGGCGCGCUUACUGUCUGCUGCGCCUGCCCGGCUCUGGGCGGGAGGGGGCAAGGGCGAUGCCCCUCUCAAAGAAGGGGUUCUCUCAUUUCUUAAGAUUUCUAGAUUUAGCUCCUUUUGAGUCUCCUGAGUGCUGAACUAACAUGCCUACACCAACCACCACACUCCAUUGGAUUCAGCGCUGAUGGUGAUGGGGCAUGGCUGUGCCUCAGGCUUUUCCAGUGGGCCUCCUUCCUGAGCCUGAAGCUUCCCUGAUGGAGGCCCAGCCCUGUGCUCGAAAUUUGGCUGAGGGCUUCCUUGAGGAGGAGCUUCGGCUCAAUGUUGAGCUGAGCCAACUGCAGUUUUCAGAGCCUGUGGGCCUUAUCUACAAUCCUGUGGAUUAUGCGUGGGAGCCACAUCGAAGCUACGUGACUCGCUACUGUCAGGGCCCCAAGGAAGUGCUGUUCCUAGGCAUGAACCCGGGACCUUUUGGCAUGGCCCAGACUGGGGUGCCCUUUGGGGAAGUGAGCAUGGUCCGAGACUGGUUGGGCAUUGGGGGACCUGUGCUGACCCCUGCCCAAGAGCACCCUAAGCGACCAGUGCUGGGACUAGAGUGCCCACAGUCGGAGGUGAGCGGUGCCCGAUUCUGGGGCUUUUUCCGGAACCUCUGUGGACAGCCUGAGGUCUUCUUCCGUCACUGCUUUGUCCACAAUCUUUGUCCCCUGCUCUUUCUGGCUCCCAGUGGACGCAACCUCACCCCUGCUGAGCUGCCUGCUAAACAGCGAGAACAGCUACUGGGGAUCUGUGAUGCAGCCCUCUGCCGGCAGGUGCAGCUGCUAGGGGUGCGGCUAGUAGUGGGCGUGGGGCGACUGGCAGAGCAGCGAGCACGACGGGCUCUGUCUGGUCUGAUGCCAGAGGUCCAGGUGGAGGGACUCUUGCAUCCCUCUCCCCGAAACCCACAGGCCAACAAGGGCUGGGAGACAGUGGCCAAGGAAAGGCUCAGUGAGUUGGGGCUACUGCCUCUGCUGACAAAGUGAAAGCCCCCCGGGGCCAGGCACAGGGUGAGUUUCAAGGUCUCAAGUCACCCUUGCACAAGCAGAUGACCACACAUCUCCUGGACUGGACCAGUGAGGUCUUCUUGGGCUCUCUGGUGCCAGCAGAUAACAUUCUUUGAUCUGUUGAUGCAUCCUCUGACCUGCCCUGCCAAGGCAGUGUCUGCUUGCCAGGUGAAUAGUGACAUCUGCCCUGCCGCUUCCUGCACCUUCUUUGAGCAUCAGCCCUUUGUAUUUCCAUGUCUGAGUCCACAGAGAGUCCGCUCAGUGGGGGACUUUCUGCAGCCUGCUCUACCUCUUCAUUUUCUUUUUUUUUUUUACCUCUUCAUUUUCUUUAGAGCCUCUCCACAGCUGAGAAUCUCCUGAAUAGACACGUCUGAGGUCACGUUUGCUAUUUCAGAAGGACAAUUUUUUUAUCUUAUAUUUUUAUUGACAUUUUUAAGUGUACCUAUUAAUAGGGGUCAGCAUGAUAUUUCCAUGCACACAUAUAGAGUGCACUUAUCCAGCCUCUCCCUGAAUCUUACCUUCUUCCAACCGGAGGCUGGAUCUCCAGGAUUCCUGCUCAUCCUUGCAGAACAGCUUCUGCCUGGCACUUCUCACAGGGACCAGGACAGAGCAUGGGGUAUGAGGUUAAUAAUGAACUUCCUGUUGGGGGCUGAGGCUGGAUCAGAAUUCAUUGUGGUAGAGUACAAACAGUCAGAAGAGCUGAAUUUUUACCUAGCUUUGAGACUUGUGAUCUUUAUUGUACUUUUGAUAUUUUUGUAUAUUUUUUUGUUUCUUUUUGUGAGUCUUAUGAACUCUGUGCUAGACACGUUGAUUCGUCUGUCUCAGGAUCUUUGUCUAUAAAAUGGGGAUGCCUCUACUUUAGAGGCCCUUGCAAAGGCCCAGCACAAGGUGCUCACUACAUAUUCUUCUUGAUUUUUGGCCUCUGAGGUGGGAAGCCACUACACUACAAAGGAAGCCCCUCUUUACUCUGAAGGCUGCUGGGAGGAGUUUGGGCCUCUACCUGCAGUCUUGGUGAGAUGGACCAGUAACUGAAAAACCUAGUCUGUGAGUUUUCAGCCUAAGCAUUAAAAGCUCCUAAACUC